AGUAGAUGUUAUAAGCGCUGAUUCUUUUAGCAGUCUAGCAGUUACACCAGGACUACUAACCUUGUUUACAUCAAGACACUUCAAAAUUCACCAGGAGACACAGUAAUCGAAGAAAGCGACUUAGCAUAAAGAGGCUAUUUUUGUAAAGCUAAGUCAGACUGUAGUACAUCAUGCGAAAAGUGUUGACCAAAAUACCCGAUAGUUCUUUGACUAGGACUGCAUUGUGAAGUUGGUAGUAAAGUAUGGCUUGAAAGCUCCACACACAUCCAUGCUAGAGAAAUAAAGACUCUGCAUAUCUCCCUUCAAGCUGCAUUUGCUCUCUCUUCAGGUUAUUCAAAGCUACAAUUCUCAUCGUUAACUCCGACGAAGCCACCACCAGCUGGAACGCAAUUAAAAACAUCAAGUGUAUCGGAAGCAUAUCCGACAAAACUAUCCAAGGAAGAGAACAAAAUUAUAGAAAAAUUAAGGCCUAGUGACACAACGAUUCUUGAUGUUGGCAGCAAGAAUAUAUCAGCUGAAGGGGCAAAAGCAAUUGCAGAAGCCCUGAGAACAAACGAAACAUUAACAGCGCUUUAUAUGCAGGAGAAGAAUAUAUCAGAUGCAGGGUCAAAAGCAAUGGCAGAAGCCUUGAAAAUAAACCAAACAUUAACAUAUCUUGGUAUUAGCAGCAACAAUAUAUCAGCUGAAGGGGCAAAAGCAAUUGCAGAAGCCUUGAAAAUAAACAGAACAUUAACAGCGCUUUUUAUGCGGAAGAAUAAUAUAUCAGAUGCAGGAGCAAAAGCAAUUGCAGAAGCGUUGAAAACAAACAGAACAGUAACAACGCUUUAUAUGCAGGAGAAGAAUAUAUCAGAUGCAGGGUCAAAAGCAAUGGCAGAAGCCUUGAAAAUAAACCAAACAUUAACAUAUCUUGGUAUUAGCAGCAACAAUAUAUCAGCUGAAGGGGCAAAAGCAAUUGCAGAAGCCUUGAAAAUAAACAGAACAUUAACAGCGCUUUUUAUGCGGAAGAAUAAUAUAUCAGAUGCAGGAGCAAAAGCAAUUGCAGAAGCGUUGAAAACAAACAGAACAGUAACAACGCUUUAUAUGCAGGAGAACAAUAUAUCAGAUGCAGAAGCAAAAGCAAUUGCAGAAGCGUUGAAAACAAACCACAGAUUAACACAUCUCCCAUGA